AUGCAGAUCGAGAUUGAUUGUGGGUUACGCAAGCACGUGGCGCCCGGGUAUGGUGGAAUUUCCCAAGAAAUGUGGAUCGCUGCACCACCACCAAUUCGGGCACAUGAGCGUCGAAUUAUUUCUCUCGUUCUCUCCACGGGAUUAGUGCCGUCUAUUCUCCUGCGGAAGCAAAUGGUGUUCCUGCCGAAGACAGCAGCGGUUGACACAACGUUGCGGUUAUCCGCUGGACUUCCCCCUUGGCGGCCAAUUACGGUGCAGAGUUCGUUGGCUAGCAGGUUACAAUUGGUGAUAAAACGAUAUGCGGACCGACGUGUGGAAAACUGUAAGAUGCAGCAUGGUUUUCAACACACUCGAACAGUUCAAGACGCCUCCCUCUUGACAGGAUUGCUAGUGGAACGAGCGCACGAACUAAAGAGAGCUUGUUUCUGGUAUCCAAGGACUGUUUGA